GGAGAGAAGAAGAAGAAGUUUGAACCUCUGAGCUUGCCGUCGUCGUCACAUUGUGUUGCUAAUAUCUCUAGAAACGCCGCAAAAGGCACCGACUAGCACCUCUUUUAAUACAUCCAUGAAUAGCUGUGUUUCACACACUACGCACUGAAUGUAUUUAUAUUUAUCUACAGAACUGAAAGAGCAACAUUUGAGCUGUAUUUCUGUCAGUAAGGAGCCAUUUGAAGCCAGUAAGGGAUAGUAAGGGCAGUAACACACUGUAGCGCCUUGUUGUAGCCCCUCUUCAUUUACAUUAACGUUUCUUCACUACCUGACAGUCUGAAGCCUUCUCCUCCACAAUGAUGAACUAUUCUGACUACGACUCGGAUGGAUACUCGUCUAAUGAAGACGUGGACUACGUCCCAUCAGACGAUAACCUCAGCGAGGAUGACAUUAAUGAGUGUGAAAAGGAAGAGCCUCUUAACGAGGGUGACAGUGUGCCACAUCCUAACGAUGUCAGCAAGAAGAAGAGGAAGCAAAAGGACAUCGGUGUGAGAAAGAGGAAGAAAGGAGUACUGAAACUAGACAAGGAGGAUAAGGAUGGAGAUGGCGCAGAAGAGGCGCAGCCGCCACAGGAAGAGGUGGAAAAAUGCACUGUGGUACGGGAGGAUAACGAGGACAAACAGAAGAAAAAAUCAGACGACCUCUGGGCGAGUUUCCUGUCUGACGUCGGAACCAGACCCAAAGACUCCGCACCUGCCUCACAGUCGAGUACCACACAAAAGGAUGACUCCUCAGUAUUGAAGGUUGCUCCUUUGAGGACAGAAACAAAAGCAUCAGAACCUGCUAAAGUCACCAUCACUCAAGUGUUUGACUUCGCUGGAGAAGAAGUUAGGGUGAAUAAAGUGGUAUCGGCAGACUCCAAAGAAGCUAAGAAUUACCUGAAGAGCCAGAACACCAAACAGGAGGAGAGCGGAGACGACGAGGAGGACUCAUCACCCGAACAACCACAUCUUCCUGGCCCCAGCGCCAAGCGGCCGGCGGGCGUGUCGGGCAUCUUGGGUCGUAUCGGAGGAAAGAAACUGAAGAUGAGUACGCUGGAAAAGUCUAAGAUGGACUGGGACGCUUUUAAAUCGGAGGAGGGCAUCACCGAUGAGCUGGCCAUCCACAACCGGGGCAGAGAGGGGUAUGUGGAGCGGAAGAACUUCUUGGAGCGCGUCGACCACCGCCAGUUCGAGUUAGAAAAAGCAGUGCGACAGAGCAACAUGAAACAAUGACACAGACUGACAGCACACACGCAGAGUGGAACAGAUGUUUGGAGUUCCUGUAUCUUGCUUUCUUUCCCUCUAAUGACAAAGUCGCUAUCCCCCCGCCCCUCCCCUCAGUGAAGUGAGCUCAAACUGGUGCCGCGGCUCCGGUCUAUUUCAGGACGGGGGAUAUUAAUAGGCAGAGUUUGUGGAAUGACGGGGUGUUGAGCGUUCCUGUAUACUUCCAUCCUUGUGAGAACCAAUUAGAGUUUCAAACCUUCACGCUAAGGUCAUUUUUCCUUUUACUUCCUUCCUUACAGGCUAGAUUUAGAACUAGGACUUUGUUUACGGAUUAAAGGAUUUUUCCGGUUUAUACAA